AAAACCGUAUAGGUUAUACGUGUUUCUGUUUGGUAAUCGAAGACUGAAGAGGGAAUUGAAAAUAAUAUCAUUUUAUUUACUUCAACAAGGUUUUAUAAGUACUUACACAAUGUCUGUGUGGAAAAAAGCCUCAAAAGCUCACCAAAAAACACAUAGAGAAAGACAUCAGCCAGAGCACAGAGAACAUUUGGGGUUACUGGAGAAGCGCAAGGACUAUCAGAGACGAGCUAGAGAUUACAAUGAAAAGAAAGAAACCCUUAAAAUAUUAAAAAAACGAGCCCUAAAUAAGAAUCCUGACGAGUUUUACCACCACAUGAUAAAUUCCAAGAUUGAGGAUGGCUUACAUUUUGAAAAAGAAAAAGAAGAAGAAGAUACUCCGGAGCAAAUCCAACUAAUGAAAACCCAAGAUUUAAAAUAUAUCGUAACAAAACGAACACAGGAGCAAAGAAAAAUAGAAAAACUACAGGCGCAACUGCAUUUGAUUAGUUUAGACCACCAGAGCCAAAAUCAGCAUAUCGUGUUCGAUAAGAAAAAAAAAGGAGAAGGUUUUGAAAACAGCAGGCUUUUGAGACUUUCUGAAAGAGAGCUCUCUGAUAUUGAUCCCGACAUUUUAGAGAAAUCAGCUAGAACCAGAGAGGCCCUUUAUAAAGAACUAGCGAAAAGAAUAAAAAGAGAGAAAGAGUUGGCCGUGACUCAACAAAAAUUGGAAAUUAGUAGAGCAGUACAAGGGCGCAGAACUGUUUUGCCUCCGAAAAAAAUCAAGAAAGGAUCUAAGGAUUGCGCGCCUGUGUAUGUGUGGAAGUAUGAGAGAAAAAAGUAGAUUUUGUGAUUUUAAAGCUGAAGUAUAUUAAGAUUUCAUUAAU